AUGGACAAUCUGCCGCUCUCAUUCUGCGAGUCCGUGGAGACACGAAGGUACACUACUCCUGUGUCUGUGAACACUCUGGUCUCCAGCAUUGAAAGCGUGACCAAGGCAGUGGAGAAGGCAAUCGGUGAAGAGAUGCCUGACGAAUUUGGCCUGAUGCUGGACGACUGGAGCCAAGACACGGAGCAGUUCUUGGCUAUUUACGGAUGCUACGACUCGCCUGGCGGCCCUCGGUACCCUCUGCUGUCUAUGGCUCCUGUUAUGGACGAGCCUGACGAUCACUUGAAUGCCGAAGAGCGCAUGAGAGCAAUUGUGCGGUUCUUGCCAUUUUUUGGUAAGACUAUUAACGGCUGCAAGUUUCUCGUUGGUGAUAACUGCGCAGUCAACAAACGGCUUGCAAACCUGAUGAAUGUGCCGCUAGUUGGCUGCGCAAGGCAUCGUCUGAGUCUCGCUGUUCGAGAGUUUCUUGUUCCUUUUGAAACUGCGCUUGAUCAAGUUCAGCAGCUUAUGCGGAAGCAUCGUACAAAACCAAGCUGCAAAAUGAGGAUGAAGACACCCUUGAUGCCAAUUCUGAGCCAGGAUACACGCUGGUCCUCAACGUUCUCCAUGCUUGAACGCUACAUUCGCCUGCGUGAAUUCCUUUCUGCUAACGAUGACGACAUGAUGGAUCUGCUACCGUCAAGAGCAGUUCAUCCGCCUGAUGCCGAAAUUGUGCACUCGCCUGCGUUUGAAGCAGCGGUUGUCAAGAUGUUGGUAGGCGAUGCGGGCUUGUUGACGAACGAAGAGGCCAGAGCUUUGGAACCAUUCCGUGUACCAGCGGAGGCUUUGAGCACCGCGGAAGUGACGAGUUCUACCGCAAAGGAAGGGUUUGCUGAUCAAAUCCUAAAUCGACGCAAAAUUGUUGCCAAUCCAUCGACCUACAAUCUCCUAUCAGUUAUCCCACCUACGUCGAAUCGAGUUAGUGGAGGCUUCUGGGAUGUGGCGACAGUGGAUGCGUGUCUAGAGAAGUAG